UAAGAUUACCACAAGUCAACCAAUUCUCCCCAAAUCUUAUCAAGUUAAGAUUGUUUAAUCUGAGACUUGAGGAUGAUCCAAUGCCAACAUUAGAAAAGCUACCAAAAUUAAGAGUCCUUGCCAUUGGUACUAAUAGCUUUAUGAGGGAUGAGAUGGUGUGCUCAAGAGGAGGUUUCAAUCGACUUGAAUCUCUUGAGCUUAUUGAUCUGGAAGGAUUAAAAGAGUGGAAGGGGGAGGAGAGUGCAUUGUCUAGACUUGGUUAUUUGCGUAUUAAAGAAUGCAGGGGAUUGAGGAGAGUUCCAGAUGGAUUAAGAAACAUUCUUACACUCAAUCAUAUGGACAUACGUGAUAUGCCUAAGAAAUUCAAACAAAGGAUGGAGGAAGGAGGAGAGGAUUUCUAUAAAGUCAACCACGUCACAUCUCGUGUGUUUAUCGAGUGUGAUAAAGAUUAGGUGUAAUGGUAUCGUCUUUGCACUAUUCUAUCAAAUCAACAUUUGGAGGAUUCGUUUACCAGCAUGUUCAAUAAAAUCUGGAUUGUGUUUUUGUUUGUUUUAAUUAUGUGUGUAUUUUCUCCUUGCAAAACUAGUUGUUGAAUAAGUUUGGGCUUAUGAUUGUUUUAGAGAAGGGUCAUUGGAUGUUCUUGUGGAUUAUGAAGUUGAUGCUUUAGCUGAUAAGGAGAGGCUUGAGAUGUAUGUAGUGAUGGUUUCCAUGUACAUGUGCUGUGUUCAAGAAAAUCCAUUUCUUAGACCAUAUAUGAGAAGGGUUGUUCAGAUGCUUGAAA